AUGUCGGGAUAUGGGGAAACUCCCGACCAUCAACCUCUUCACAAGGCCUCGUCGCUGGUGUUGAAUGUGCCAAGCAGGUUUGGUGCUCACAUUGUGCGUCAAGUGGAGAAAGAUGAAGACAUGGAUGAGAUCAUUCCAGACAGCGAGGAAGAAAGGAUAAAACAAAGACGAAUGAAGGCUGACAAACUGAAGAUCGCUAACGAGGGUGAAGUAGACGUCUUCGUAAUACCUUCCGACGAGGAUGAGAAAAUGCCAGACGUCCCACAAUGGGAGCCCAUUGUUGAUCGUUUUAACCCACAUACAAAGAAUGGCAACACCACCGAUAGUUCAUCCGACAAUCCUCAGCCCGUGGCUGCUACUCCCAGGCGAAGGAAUCCGCAGACACCGAGAGCUCGGCGCAUAAUUCUGAGCUCUAGUUUAGAAGUUUUGGAUAGCGAGGCAGAGGCUCUUCUUCCGGCACCGCUUAGGGAACCUCGAUCCCGUACUACUCAUAAACCUACUGGCGAAGUAAUUGACCUCACGUCUGGCUCUUCGGAAGAUAGCGACCAUGGCCUCCCUAAACAUGUUGAAGUUGUACGGGUGCCGAAAACGAAGCGGCAUGCAGUCAGGCCAACUCCUGCCGCAGAGCAGAAAGCGUUCAUCCCGUUGUACGUGGAUGACGACGGGGAAGAGGAGGCCAACAUGGACGACGGAUCCAUACUCAUUCUAGAUGAACCACGGAGUGCUCACAAACCUAUUCGUAAGACCCCGCCUUCUGCUCCCGGCAUCAACACUGUCGCGGCAGGUCCGUCUACUUCACUCACAUCCGCAACCCGCGGAUCCGACGUCGACUCGACCAAUGAUGACACACCGCUCACCGCAUACCGCACGCCCGCUUCGUCUCGCACCAUCGUAUCCCCCGCCGUUAGCACGCCGACGGGGAAAGGCGCAAGGCCCCCGCGCCUCACGAAGAAGGCGCUCCAAGCAGCGGAGCAGGCGCACCGAGAGACGUAUGCGCAAGCAUUCUUCGACGAGCUCAACCGCGUGGUGUUCCAGGGCAGGAUCCCGCAGGAUACGCAGCUUCGCUGGAAUAAAAGGCUUCUAACGACUGCUGGGAGGGCGAAGUGGCAUAAAUCUCGGGAUGGCGUACAGACCGCUCAGAUUGAGCUGGCUGUGAAAAUUCUGGACUGUAACGAACGGAUCCGUAACACGCUCUCGCAUGAGAUGUGCCAUCUCGCAUGCUGGAUCAUCAAUAAAGAUCCGAAGGAGGGUCACGGACAAAUCUUCAAAGAAUGGGCAGACAAGGUGAUGAGUGCUCGGCCUGACAUUCAGGUCACGACCAAGCACAGCUACGAGAUCACCUACAAGUAUGAGUGGAAAUGUGAGAAGUGUGACAAGAUAUAUGGCCGUCAUAGCAAGAGCAUCAAUCCGGACGAAUGCGUAUGCGGGUCAUGCAAGGUCGGCAAGCUGAUCCCGCUGUUCGAGACGGCCCAGCGCGCCCCGAAGACACCGAAGACCAAGGCUGACAGCCAACAGGCUUCAACGAAGAGCCGCGAUUCUCCCAUCGUGCUCAUGUCGCCUAUCAUAGACCUCACUAUAGAUUCUGUGGAGCAGGAGACCCCCACGCGUGCGCGGCGCUGGGAGGGUGCUGGGCGUCCAAAGUCGAUUUUGCGCGCUCACACCUCUGACGACGAGGCCGAUGUUACAGAGCUGGUCCAUAUAAUGGGUGUGGUCAGCAUAGGGAACAACGGUAGUGCAUGA